CGGCCGAUGGCGGUGGAGGCGGAGGGACCCUGCGGUGAUCACGGGCCGCGCUGGGCGCUGCCGCUCCGCCCGCCGCUCUGCCUCGCCUGCUCCGUGGAGACCCUGGGUGACGGCAGCGCCUCGCUGGUGCGCAAGAAGCACGUCCUGUCCCGUCUCCAGGAUGCCCUGGCCUGGCAGGCGCUGCCAGUCGUCCAGCUGCUGGCACAAGACGAGAGGGUGUGCAUGCAUUUAAUAGGAACUCUCUUUGGGAUGUUACAUUCUGUGGAAGACAGCAGUACCCUGAACCUAUUAGCUGAAGUUCUGGUGCGGCUUGUUGUGGAGCUGAAGUCAGAACAGUACUUACACUGCAUUUUGGAUGAAAGUCAGAAGGAGCUGUGCAAAGCAACUACCAUGAGAAGCAGCCUGCCCACAUUUUCUCUCCUUGGCAAGCUGGCAGAUGCCGUCCCAGGCUUUGCUGAUAUACUUGUGGUAAAGCACAAUAAUUUAGUGGAUCACCUGCUGAUGGGCUUGACGUACCCAAAUGAAGGUAUAAAGGCUGCUGUCUGCUACUUGUAUGGCAAGCUGUACUCCUCUCCUGUUGGCACAGAGCGGCUCUCAGGACACUUUGAAGAAAGGCUGUGCGGUGUCUUCUUGAAUACUCUGGAGUGUGCACAGACAAAGGAGCUGCAGGUUAAUUGUUUGGGUUUGCUAAAGGAGCUGCUGAAAUCUGACCAUUUUGUAUCUAUUCUUAUGAAUAAUUCAAAGACAGAGGAGGAAACUGAGAACCCUGACUUUUUAGAAGGGGAAAAUCCACUGCCACUUGUUCUCAAAAAGCUCUUGUUGACCAGAGAUGAGAUGCUACAGGCAGCGAGCUCUCACUGUAUGGCUGCAGUGCUGGUUCACUCUCCUAGCAGAUAUGCUCCUGCUUUUAUCCGUGCAGAUGUCCCAGAGUUCCUCUUUGAGUGUCUUUUGUGCAAAAGUGAAAUCCUCAUCUGGUCAGUAUACUGCUGCCUGCUCCUCCUGACUGAAGAGCGCCUUUUCUUCUCCAAGUGUCACACCGUCUAUGGCAUUGAAUCUCUGGUGAAGAGUCUCCGAGGUGUCCUGCUGCUGAACAAUGUGGAGUUGCACAAACAAGGGCUCCUACUCCUCACUGAAAUACUGAAACGGCAACCAGUGGAAAUCAAAUUAUUCACAAACCGGGGUGUAUGUAUAGAAGCUAUUGAUGUUUUGAUGGAGACAGUGAACUGCCCAGUGCUGGAGGUAGCAGUGGAGGCUGUGAAGGCUGUGACAGUUUUCCUGAGGAAAGACCAUCUGAGCUGCCCUCCAGUCCCAUAUGAAGAGCUGCAGAAGCUUCUGGAGGCAGUGCUGAAGCGAUGUGCUGACCUUUCUCCACCACAGAGUAGUAAGAGGCAUGCAGGCGAUCUAUUCUCAGUGUCUCAGAGUCACCUGGCAAACAGGAAUCUUGGUAGAGUUCCUCAGAGACAGGGUCAGUUCUUGCUCAAUACCCUGGAAAGUUUCAGAAACGCUUGCAGGUUAGCAGUGCAAUUCCAGGGUGACUUCAUGGCUCAGGAGAACGCUUUCACUGCCCCCAACUCUGUGAGGAAAGACACACUAAGCAACUUCUCCGAGUUCCUGUUGAGGAUUUGUGACAGUCUCUGCAUCCCCAUGGUCAUGAGCUAUCUGGAAAGGGCUGUCAGCCCGUCAGUGACGGAGGUUUUCAUCUCAACACUCAAUACCCUCUUUACAGUGGUGCCAAGCAUGCGGAAUAAGUUCUCCAAGAAGCUGGCAUCCUCGUCCUUCAUCCGACUGACACUGGAGCUGAAGGCCAGAUUUUGCUCUGUACAGAGUAAUCCUGUCCUGAAUCACACCUGUUCCAGCUUCCUCUGCAGCUUAUGCCUGAACCUUUACUCAGCCACAGAGAAGAGAAGAACUUCUCAGGAGGAGCAAGAGAUGUCUGAGCUCCUGCUGAAGGGCCUGCCUCAGUUAAACUACACUAUUGCUGAAAGCCUUCUCCUCCUGUCUGAAACCCCUGAGCCUUUCUUUUUGGAUCAGUCUCUUUGCAGCCACCAGCACUGUUUCAUACUCCUCUUAUACUUUGCCUACACCUUUGGGGACAGGUUUGUUCCAGAUGCAGAAUUAUUUCUAGCUGUAAGAAAUUUUCUCUUAUCAGCACAGGACCAUGGAGACUGUCCCCCUCCACACAUAAUCAGAGCUGCACUUUACCUCCUUGCUGUCUGUCAGGACAAAGGCAAAGCCCUGGAUGUGAGGUCUUUGUCUACCAUAAAAAGGAUCCUGGAUAAUCUUCCAGAUCUGAGCUUGGUCUAUGUCCAUUGUCCUCUCCUGCUGAAAUUCUUCCUGCGCUACCCUGAACUUAUGGGGAGAUUUGGACACCAAGUCCUCCAACUCUGGUUUUCCUGGGAAGACUGCAAGCAGACUGAGGCUGAAGAAGCUGAUUUUGGCACGUCCAGUCAGCUGAACACUGCUAACCCAUUGCUUCCCAUACUGAAGAGCAAUUCCAGCAUUUUGCUUAUUUUGCUGGACCUGGUCAGCUCAAGCUCCGUGGAAGUGGCUUGGAAGGUGUUGAUGACUCUGAGGACCUUCCUGGAAAGAAAUGACGAUGUUCUUGUCUGUGACCUCCUUCGGAGCCGAUUUUUACAGAUUCUGCAGCAGCAGCUGGUAGAGAGCAGCUCAGCCACCCUACAAGCCAACAGGAACCUGCCUGUUUUGCUGAGCCUUCUUUUCCUGGUGCAGCUGCGGAGUAAGGGCAUAAGGGAGCUGGACAGCACAGACUUGAGGCUGCUUCACCAGGUCAGUAAUCUCUGUGGGAAAUGCAGGCCAAGGGACACUGACCUCCUGCAGCCAUCCUUGAAUUUUCUGUACUGGAGCCUUCAUCAGACAACACCUUGUAGUCAACAGAGAGCAGUAGCUGUGCUGCUCUCCAACGUGUCCUUGCUAGAACUACUGCAGAAGGUUUUGGAAUCCACCUGGCUGUGGUCCCCUCCUUCCAGACCUGCCUACCUGUCAUCUGAAGAUGCCUUGCUGUGCUCUGGAUGGCUGUUGGUGGCAUCCCUUUUGCUUUAUCAGCAUCGCUACAAUACUGAGGUUCACCAGACACUCUCUGUCGACCUUGCAAAAGUUCUGAAUGCAGUCAUCUUCAGGAAUAAGAAGCCAAUCCUGCUGUUAGUGAGCAUCAUGCAGUUCCUGAGAGCUCUUCUGCGACAGAAUUUCUCCUCCUCCCUGCUGGCGAUUGUUGGCCAAAACACAGCCCCAGGUGCUACUCAACCACAGCCAUCAUCACUGCAGGAUGCUGCCUUGCAUCCCCUUGCUAUGCAGCAGGUUUUCUCGCUUGUUGUCAGUCUGCAGAACCUUCUGGUGCAUGUGCAGUUGCAGAAAGACUUGCUGUUCUCUCAGGCAGUGGUUGCCUGCCUAGAAACCUUAGUGGAAUACCUGUAUGUGAAGAACCAGGAUGUUGCUCUACACGUUGUAUCACAGCCAUGGCACCGGUUCCUGCUCUUCACACUACUCAGUGGAGGCCAGAAGUCCUUUCUGCAGCCAGAAAUUCUCAGGCUGCUGACUUUGUUUGUGAGAUAUCAGAGCAGCAAUAUUAUUUCUCAAAAAGAAAUUAGCCAGAUUAUUCAGGAGGCAGCAGAAACCAAUAUAGCAGAGCUGUCCGAGGCUACAUCUUGUGCUCUUCAACUCUUCCUUUCUCAGAUUCAGAGCAGUCAUUACCAGCUGGAGCCAGAGCAGUCAGGGAUCAUUCAGACUUUGCUGGAACGCCUCUUGGGACAGAGGACCACAUGUGUAAAGCAUCAAGACAUUGUAUGUCUGGGAAGCGUGGCAGUGUCCCUCUCACACAUUGGAGAUUGAAA